GUUAAUUUCAAAACUACGACUUGAAGCGGCAACAUUCGAGCCAACCAAAAACUACUUACCACUUCCUCCUAACUGAGGCUCAAGAUUGUGAUACCAAAAAUGCUACGGCUGUGGGCCUGCUUGCUCCUCCUGGGAUCCAUCCAGAUCCAGGCUGUUCCCUUCUACAGCGGUUCAACUUCCGAAGAAGUUCUUGCAGACGGGCUCUCAGCGGAAUCUUCUGCCGAAUCCUCAGAUGAUUCCAGCUUUAUGCCACAUUUAACCCACCCAUCGCCGGUGCAUCGCAAUCUGUUUCCGCCCCUGUCACUCGCACCAUUCGCACCACUCGAGCCCGUAGACCCACUGCAUGUCCAGGCCUCCCAGCGGAUGGCGAGCGUGUGGAACGGCCCCGGCGGUCCUGCCCCGCUGGCCCCCCAGCUGCAGUCCUCUCACCUGUUGCCACUCUUCAACAGCGACUUCGACACCGAUUUCGUGCCCCUCGAGCUGCAGCAGUCGCCGCAGGGUCGCCAGGAGACGAGAGCCCCCGCUCCCGUUCAGGCCACCGAGCAGAAGCCUUUCAAUGUGGAUACCAUAACGACGGAUGUGAAUGCCCCCAACCCGGCCAUAUUCUUCCAGCAGUCGUUCCCCUUCUUUGGCAAUGAGUUCUUCAACUCCUUCGGAGGCUUUGGCUUUGGAGCUGCCCAGGAGCCCUGGUGGAAGGGACCCAAUGUGUGCACCGAAAAGGAGGAAGACGAUACCGUGGCCAGCGAGACGGAGGCUGAAGAAACAGUGGACACCUUUGGCCAGGAACGUGAUGGCGUUACCAACGUGGUGCGAUCCCCACUCUUUGGCCAAUUCCAGUUCAGCGUUAAUUCCUGCGCGGAAAAGCCCAACAAGCACGUCUGCACCAAGAUUGUUAAUCAAAAUGGCAAGAAGAAAACGCUGACGCUGACUCGCCAAUGUUGCUAUGGAUAUGGACGCCCAAGGAACGCUGACUUCACGACGCCCUGCGAGAAGAUCGAGAUCAAGGACGUGGAGGCCACGGCCAGUGACAUGGGAGCCAAGCAGUUCAUCGAGAGUGCCCGAAGUGCCGGCGAGCUGGCCGAGAUGCUGGGCGGAGGAAGUGGCAAGAAGGUCACCCUCUUCGUGCCCAACGACGCCGCCUUUGUGGAGUACCGCGGUCACCAACAGCAGGAGAACAACGUUGAGGACUCCAAGAGCGAAUCAUCCAAACCCUCCAUCUACAAACUGCACGCUGUGCUCGGUGAAGUCCAGCUGGAGGAUGUGCCCAACGAGAAGCUCCUGCAGACGGAGCUGCCCGACCAGAAGAUCCGCAUCAACAGCUACCAAUUGCCGGCUGCUCUGGGACUGGAACCCUAUCGCUAUGCCGCCAACUGUGUGCCCAUCGAGAAGCACGACAAGCUGUCGGAGCAGGCCCUCGUCCACACCCUGGAUGGAGUGCUGAAGCCACUGACCAAGAACAUCAUGGACAUCAUCAGGGAGCGAGCGGACAUGUCCAUCAUGCGCACUGUUCUCGAGAAGACCAAUCUGAGUGCCCUGCUGGAGGAUGAGAAGCCGGUGACCAUCUUUGUGCCCACCGAUGCCGCCUUCGACAAACUGGAACCGCAUCUGCGUCGUGCUCUCAAGGAGGGUCGUGGUUGUGCCUCAAACAUUCUGAAGAACCACUUGCUUGACCUGACCUUCUGCUCGGUGGCCACUGUUCCUGGCGCCAAGACCACCGCCUACAACCUUCUGGGAGAGCCACUGCUCCUCAACCGCACCCGCCUGGCUGCCAACCAGACCGGACCUGCUCCGAUCUACAUCAACAAUCUGGCCAAGAUCAUCGAUGCGGACAUCAUGGGCACCAAUGGUGUGCUGCACGUGAUCGACACCAUCCUCCCCACGGAAUCUGCUCUGCCCAUGACCUCGCUGAUGUCCCACAACAACCUGACCAUCUUCCAGCGAUUGCUGGAGGCCUCUGGCUACGAUGAUCAGUUCGAUGAUCUGGACAACGUGACCGUUUUCGCACCCACCGACAAGGCCUUGCAGAACACGGAGUGGGCUCGCAUGCUUACGGAGAAACCGGAAUUGCUGAACCACAACCUGGACCUGCUGGAGUUCCUCAACUACCAUGUGGUCAAACCGAUGAUCAAGACCUGUGAUCUUACCGAGAAGUCCUUGCCCACGGUGGCUGGACCAAGUGUGCGUCUGAACCUGUACUCUACUCAUGCCCUCUUCUCGGAUGUGAUGAACCGCGCCACGGUUAACUGCGCUCGCUUGGUGCACUUUGACCACGAAAGCUGCGGAUCUGUGCUCCAUAAGGUGGAUCGUGCCCUGGCGCCACCCAAGAAUAACAUUCUGAAAGUGCUGGAGGCUAAUCCCAACUACAGCAAGUUCCUGGAACUGGUGCGCAAGGCCAAUCUCACCCAGCUGCUGUCCAACGACUCGAGGAGUCUCACUCUGCUGGUGCCCAAGAACGAUGUCUUCGAGGAACUGAACGACUCAGCUGAGGGCUUGAAGCCCACCGAUCCCACGGCCUUGGUCAAGACCCACAUCGUGGAGGAUGUUGUCUGCUGUACUGGCAUUAUUCCCACCAACUGGCCGUUUGUCCGCUCCAUCGAGUCCAUUUCCGGCCAACAUCUGCGCAUCACCCGCGAUCGCCGUCCCAAGAUCGAGAACGCCGGCGUCACCAAGUGUGAUGUGGUGGCCACCAAUGGCGUUAUCCACGAGAUCAACGACAUCAUCGUGCCACGCCCCCAGCGCCAGCAGCAGCGACCCCAACUGAUCCCACCUGGAGCCGGAUAUCAGCCGCAGGGCGACUUCGACGACUUCUUCUGAGCGGUGCCCUCGUCCCUACUUCAAGCACAUGAUAUAUAAAGCAUAUAUUUAUAUUUACUCUUAACGAUUUGUCAAUUGAUUGGAAGCCACAACAAGCUCAGAAUCUUCUCUGAUAAAUAAAAUAAAUAGUAUUAAAAAA